GUUACCGAUCCUGUGGAAGUAGCACCCCAGAUGAGUUCCCUACAGACAUUCCUGGCACCAAAGGGAACUUCAAACUUGUCAGGCAUGUCUCUUUUGUGGAUUGUCCGGGCCAUGAUAUUUUGAUGGCUACUAUGUUGAACGGUGCAGCAGUAAUGGAUGCAGCUUUACUGUUGAUAGCUGGUAAUGAGUCAUGCCCUCAACCCCAGACCUCAGAACAUCUAGCUGCUAUAGAAAUCAUGAAACUGAAACACAUUUUGAUUCUACAGAAUAAGAUUGAUUUGGUGAAGGAGAGCCAGGCUAAAGAACAGUAUGAACAGAUUCUUGCAUUUGUACAAGGUACAGUUGCAGAAGGAGCUCCAAUAAUUCCGAUCUCAGCACAGCUGAAAUACAACAUUGAGGUAGUUUGUGAGUAUAUAGUGAAGAAAAUCCCGGUCCCUUUGCGAGACUUCACAUCCGAACCAAGGCUUAUUGUAAUUCGGUCUUUUGAUGUCAACAAACCUGGCUGUGAAGUUGAUGACCUUAAGGGAGGUGUAGCUGGUGGCAGUAUUCUAAAGGGUGUUUUAAAGGUGGGUCAGGAAAUUGAGGUCCGGCCUGGUAUCGUGUCCAAGGACAGUGAAGGAAAACUCAUGUGCAAGCCGAUCUUUUCCAAAAUCGUGUCACUCUUUGCCGAACACAAUGAUCUACAAUAUGCUGCUCCGGGGGGUCUUAUAGGUGUUGGAACUAAGAUUGAUCCAACUUUGUGUCGGGCUGACCGCAUGGUAGGCCAAGUUCUUGGUGCAGUUGGAGCACUGCCGGAAAUAUUUACAGAGCUAGAAAUUUCCUAUUUCUUGCUGAGACGACUAUUAGGUGUGCGCACUGAAGGAGACAAGAAAGCUGCGAAGGUGCAAAAAUUAUCGAAGAAUGAAGUUUUAAUGGUAAACAUAGGAUCCUUAUCUACUGGAGGGAGAGUCAGUGCAGUAAAGGCUGAUUUGGGGAAGAUUGUGCUAACUAACCCAGUAUGCACAGAAGUGGGAGAAAAAAUUGCCCUGAGUCGAAGAGUUGAGAAACACUGGCGUUUAAUUGGUUGGGGUCAAAUCAGAAGAGGAGUGACAAUCAAGCCGACUGUUGAUGAUGACUGAAGAACAAAAGAAAGUGCUUCAUUUUUAAAGAUGAAGUGCCUGUUUCUAUUUUGGAAGGGGUAUAUUUUCAGUGGAAUUGGAAGCUGUGCAAACAUUAUCUUUGAGUUGUAUGGCUGUCCUUGUACAUUUUAUUGAAUUGUACCCUCUUACUAAAAUACUAGUCAUUAUCACCAUUAAAAGUGUAAAAGCAUUGGCGUAGGAGUGGGUUUAAUUAUCCACAUUUUAGUAGAAAUUAAUUGUACAUGUCUCAUGGCAUGUCUAAUUUAUGUUAUUUUGUGUUUCAGAUAUAUCUGUUUAAUAUCAGUCAAGCCAGCCCCAGUGUAACACACAAACCAUAAAUCUGGUAUUGAAAUAAAAUAUUGCUUAUUUUCAUUAAUUCAUACAAUUUUUCUGAGUAACAGAAGACUGCAGUGAUUGUUCAACCAGUACAAGAAUUAAAAACAAAAAACCAAACUCUUCUUGAAGACUAGUACCCUUGCUGCACAACAGCUUGUUUUGGUUAGACAGCUGUUUACAACAAAAACUUUCUUUCCUAGUUUGUAUGGCUCUGACUGAGGAUCCUAGCUGUAUUACGCUUUGUAAUUAGGGUGGCAACAUUGACUGACAUAAACUUGUCACUUCCAGUAUUACAAGGAGUUUUGGUUAAACCCCCGAAGAAAAACUACAAGUAAACUGGAUCUGAACUGACACUACUGUUUUUGACCUUAUUUUAGAAUGGAUUUGUGAAAAGAACAUGAUUAGUUUGAAAUGUAGCUGUUUGUCCUUGUGGAACUGUGUGUGGGUGACCUGAAAGCUCUUUAUACAGUAGGAGUAGACUGUUUAUUUUGAAGUUGCAUUGAGCAAAUUUAGCUAUGAUCUUGAACCGUAAAAUAUCUGGGAAAGGCUGUAGAAAGGAAUGAUUGGGGGGCAGGGGGCAUUCAGAAUGAGAUGAGGGAAAAGGUGUAAAACUGCUUUUGCUUAGCUAGCCUGAAUCAUGCUCCUUAGGAGAAAACAUAAUGUAAUAAACUUACUGUUGAGCGCUAAUACUUUCAUCCGUUUAGGCUUAACUACUUCAUUUGUACUCAUGUACAUAGUUCUAGGUAUUUUAUAUACUAGACUAUUUAGCAAGUCGUGCUACUUUCCAUAUUUUUAUAUGAAGUACUGUGUUCAUUUUCAAAGCCUGCUUUCAGUUGUAUUUAAUAUCUUCAAGGGCAUUCUAAAGGUAAAUACUGUUUCACGCAUCAAAAUGGACUUUCAUGAAGCAACUUGAGUUUCGCUCCUGAUUUUGCAUUGUAUUUUGUGUUGCCUUACGCCAUCUACAUUCUUAUACUCAGUUCCUCCACUUGUAAAGUACUUCUACUUUGCGUGGUGUUGAGACUAAAUACAUUUAUUUUCUGUAGUGCUUCUCCUUUUUAAAAGCGAGAGUCAGCUAUAGUUCUUCCCGAUUCUCCUGAUACUUGACCAGUAUGCAAUCUUAAAUGUGUCUGUUUUAAAGACUGCAUCUUCCAUGCUUUGGAAAGCUCACUGCUGUAACUCUGAAUUCUAGGAACUUGGAUAAAUUUAUGUCUUACCUAGUUUGGGAGCAUGAGGGUGAGCACAACGGAGAAAGUAAGCUACCGCAGAGCGCUAGGAUGGCACCGGCACCAGGGUGAAACCUAGUCCAAAGAGUUCUGUCUAAGUGCACUGAAUGUAUGGGUCUAAUGAUACGGAAAUGCUGAAAUGCUUCUGACCAAUUGGUUAAGCACCCAUAGGCCUUUUUAGGCACCUAGGUAUUUUGGAGACUGGGCCUUAAUCUCUUGAUCUGCAUUGUCAAAAAUAAAAGUGCCAUAAUCUUUCCAAAACGCUUGGUGUGCUCCUUGGCUUGGAUGGGUAGUAAAUGCAGUGUUGUCCUAGUUGCUGGGUUUAGUAGCCAGCCUUGCAUCCUUCCAGCUAAAUAGCUGUAGGUCAGUACUUAAUUUAGGUCUAAAACAUGACUUGAUACUGCUGUAGUUGUUAGCAGAUUCAUUAAGUAGGUACAUGGUACCAGUAACAUUAAGAAAUGCUUUAUGGAAGUGUCUUGCUCCCUCUGAAGUACGAGGUAAUGCUUUGUUCGUCCGAUGGCGUGCAGUGAAGUGCCAGGGUAGUGAAUUUCGUUUCUGGCCCGUUCUUGCAUCAGCCUGCUUUCACAAUGGCUCUUCCAGUCUGGGCUAUGGUUUGGCUUUUUUAGCAGCUGCAGCCCUCUCCCAGGACAGUUGCUUGUAUUCUGAACUGUUCCCCACUUCCUUCUGAUGGUGGUAGGCUUGGGUUCGUUACUCGCGCGUGUAUGCUGUGUCGUGCAGAAAAGCGUUGCCAACUUGGGAUGGCUCUUGCAGAAGAGCGCGUCUGGCCCGGAGUCCGCUCCGAUCCUUCCCAAGAGAAGAAGGGAGGUCAGGAGCGUGUAGAGGUAGUCUGAGGUGUCAGCUGUGAUUUACAUGUGGCAUGAACAGCGUGCUGUAUGUCCUGUCGCAUUGUGGCAGGGGGGAGUGGAGGGGAGGUGUAAAGUGCAAAGUUCUUUUUUUGCCACCAAAAUGUUACGUUUCCUCUAACUGGAAAGCUUUGGCUCUGCCGGCACAACUAAAGAGUAAUGGGAAUGUUUUAAGACUUCAGUGAACACGUGAAGCACGCGACUGCAGCGUCAGAGAGUUGAGUACGGACGGUGUAAGUACAUUACAUGCUGACGCGCCCGUACCCGGCCUCUCUGCACUCGCUGAAUUGCGAUGCCCAGGUUUAGGUGAACGAUGGGAGAGAAAAAGAUGCCACGUAGGACUAAGGAAGUUGAAAAUCACUUAGAUUUUCUUGGCCAGGAUGGAAACAGUAACAGAUGACUUGCGAGCGCCCUCUCUUUACCGAGCAUUUGUUUCAAAGAUGAACUGAUGAUUUUUAUUUUUAUUUUUAUUUAACCCUUCAUAGGCCAGAUUGAGCUACUUGAACAUAGGUGUGCGGUUGCAUUUCAGGUGGGUUGGCCAGCCCAGGGCACGGGUGUGGAGCUGGCAGCUACCGUACUUGCCACAUUCUGGAGUGGUAGCUGGAUACCGUAGGGCAUCUGAGGUGGCCCCAGUACCUCCACUGAGGUAACUCGUUCUCUUCCAAUAAUCCGUCUGAUCUUGGUAAUUGGUUUCAGGAGGGUGCUGGGAUAGUGAGUGGUACCUCUUCGCUACCAGGAGGAAAGUGUAUCACCUUAAUAAAUGUUUUGCAAAAGGCUUCUGGUAUGUAAGAAACCUACUGGACCAGUGUAAGUUAACCGAACCACUGCCUCUUGUUUUGAUCAACCUGUGAUUGGUUCUGUAUUGAAAUCAGUAAGAGAGGCUGGCUGGCUGGCUGUUACACCAGGGUUUGGUAACGCUUGUCACUGGUUAGCUCAAAUUAAACAAGCUACUUCUCCAUCAUGUUUAUCUGUAUCGCAAAUACUGUACUGCCCUGCAAACCACUCGUGGUUAAAAUUCAAGUUGGUGACCUAGUCUAAGUACAUGAAAUUAGAUUUUAAGCAAGCAAAGGUGGACAAAACUUCAAGUAGUUUUUCACUUCAGCUUUUUGUAAAUGCCAAAGCGAUGGCUGCUGCUUCACUUGAUUUUAUGUGUGGAAAUGAAAUUAUUCUUAAUAGAAGCGGGUGCUAGUUUCCUGUUGUUUCCAAUGGAACUGAAGUCAGGUUUAAAACUGAACAGAAACUGUGGGAGGAAAGCGUGGCUGCUCUCCAAGGGCUGCAGGCAGCCGCUGGCCCAG